AUGGAAAACUUGGAAAUCUUGCGAGAUUGGCCUUCAAAUAAUGAUAUUAAAGGAGCAAUAAAUUAUGCUUAUGAACAAGCCAGUGCACUUGCAAAAGAUAUUCUUGGGAUGGUGCUAAAUACUAAAAUUCGUAGUUUUAUAACCAUUAUAAAAGAAAGUGAACCCAAAAUUAGAAAUAAAACUGAAAAUCAACUCAUUGAUUCACACGAAUUUAAUAGUUCACAAGAAUCCAGUAGUUCACAAUCUAAUAAUAUUUUUAUAUCUGCAGCAGCCACAGAAAUCGAAGAGGAAGAUUGUUUUGCUGAUGGGUGUUCACAGUUAACCUUUAUACUCGAUUCUACUAGAAGGUCUCACAAUUGCAAUAUUGAAGAUGAUGCUAGUAUUGGGAUUACAAAUAAAAAGCUUAAGAUUUCUGUACUGGUCAACCAACGUCGUAGCCAUGAAGCCUAUACAAAUCAAAGAAUGGAAAGAAAAGUUGCUGCAUUGUCUGCAUCUGGCCCUAAUUAUAGGUUUAAUAACAGUCUUGUAUUAUUUCUUUCAUCAAACGAGUAUGCUUGCCCUGGUAUCCCAUGUCAAAAUCGAUGGAAAAUAAGAGCAAGACUCGAAAGACUGAAUGAUGGG